UGUUACUUUAAGCUUUUACCAAUGGAGGAGAUAAGAGGUGCAGAAUUAGACAUACAAUGAAGGAUUUGGACAAACAAUGGAGUCCAAGAUAAUCCUCCAAUCCAAAUAAAGAAAUGAACUGGGAACGUUUUUGGAAGUACAGAUUACAACUACAAGGAACUGUCCGUUAUAAAAAGCAGACUGAACUGACCCAUCCAUAGGGUGAUUGCCAGAGAAAACCAAGAAGAAAGAAACUCAAAAAUGGCUGUUCCUGUUAUUGAUCUGAAUCAGUUUCCAAAUUCUGAAGAGUACAAAAAGCUGAGGGAAGCAUCAGAGGAAUGGGGCUGCUUCAGGUUAGUCAACCACAAGAUCCCAUUGACACUCAUGGCAGAGAUGAAGAAAGUGGUGAGAUCUCUUCUUGAUCUUCCCACAGAGAUCAAGAAGAGAAACACUGAUAUCAUAGCCGGCAGUGGCUACAUGGCUCCCAGCGAGAUCAACCCUCUCUAUGAGGCUCUCGGACUCUACGACUUGGGUUCAUCUGAGGCUGUUCGAACGUUUUGCUCGCAGUUGGAGGCUUCAUCUUACCAAAGAGAGGUCAUAGAGAAGUAUGCAGGAGCAAUUUAUGAGCAGAUAGUUGAUAUAGGACACAAGUUGGCAGAGAGUCUUGGGGUGCAGACUGAUUUUCUGAAGGGAUGGACUUGCCAAUUUAGGAUUAACAAGUACAACUUCACUCCUGAAUCCGUUGGAUCAUCCGGAGUUCAGAUACACACCGAUUCCGGCUUUCUGACCAUUCUUCAGGAUGAUGAAAACGUUGGAGGUCUAGAAGUAAUGGAUAACUCUGGUGUGUUUGUACCUGUUGACCCUUGUGCAGGCACUGUCCUUGUCAACCUUGGAGACAUUGCUAAGGCAUGGAGCAAUGGGAGGCUAUGCACUGUGAAGCACAGAGUGCAAUGCAGGGAAGCCACCAUUCGAGUCUCUAUUGCAUCAUUUCUGUUAGGCCCAAAGGAGGAAGCAGUGGAAGCUCCUCCGGAGUUUGUCGAUUCCGAGCACCCGCGUCUCUAUGCCCCUUUCACUUAUGAAGAAUAUAGAAAGCUCAGAGUCUACAAUAAAUUACACGCUGGUGAAGCUCUUGAACUUGUGCGCAAACUGCGCAUGGAGUCCUAAUUAGCUGAUACGAUCCAAGCUAGCUGGCAUAUAUACAUGUCACCUUGCCUUAUACAAGUUUACUAAAUAAGCCAUUCUAGACCCGUAUUUAUACUAACGGAAUAUGUCUAAUAUUGGAUGGUCAAAUCAGAUUUGUUCUAUGAAUCUAUCAGCUGUUCUUGAAUAUACUACCGGUUUUAACAUGCAAUGAAAAAGAAAAUCAAUGAA